GCUGCCUUUUGUAAUUUGUACAGCUCAGCCUUAGACACCUCCUCGUCACCGACCGUUAAAAACAGCCUGCGAGCGAGCCAAAACCUUUCCGAGUCGACCCAGGCCCCGCCAUUUUGACUCGCUUGCUCGGAAAUCUGCUCGUGCUCUCGUGACUCGGAUUCUGGAUCUUGUGAGGCCAAAGAAAAAGCAGGGGGCAUAUCAGAAUGAAGGCACUGAUCCUUGUUGGAGGGUUUGGAACAAGGUUGAGGCCGUUGACUCUCAGUGUUCCUAAACCACUUGUUGAAUUUGCCAACAAACCUAUGAUCCUGCAUCAGAUAGAGGCUCUCAAGGCUAUUGGAGUGACUGAAGUUGUUUUGGCUAUCAACUACCAGCCUGAGGUGAUGCUCAACUUCUUGAAGGAAUUUGAGACGAAGCUUGAGAUUAAGAUCACUUGCUCACAAGAGACUGAGCCGCUCGGCACUGCUGGUCCUUUGGCCUUAGCAAGGGACAAACUAAUCGAUGAUUCUGGCGAGCCGUUUUUUGUUCUCAAUAGUGAUGUUAUCAGCGAAUACCCACUCAAACAAAUGAUAGAUUUCCACAAAGCCCAUGGUGGAGAGGCUUCCAUAAUGGUGACCAAGGUGGAUGAGCCAUCAAAGUACGGUGUUGUGGUUAUGGAAGAAUCCACAGGAAAAGUUGAAAGAUUUGUGGAAAAACCAAAAAUAUUUGUUGGUAACAAAAUCAAUGCUGGGAUUUAUCUGCUGAACCCAUCUGUUAUUGAUAGAAUUGAACUGAGGCCCACCUCAAUUGAGAAAGAGGUCUUCCCAAAAAUUGCAGCAGAUAACAAGCUCUACGCAAUGGUGCUUCCAGGGUUUUGGAUGGACAUUGGACAGCCAAGAGACUAUAUUGUAGGCCUAAGACUCUAUCUAGAUUCCCUUAAAAAAAAUUCCUCAUCUAAGUUGGCCACUGGUCCCCAUAUUGUGGGAAAUGUCUUGGUGGAUGAGACCGCCAAGAUUGGAGAGGGUUGUUUGAUUGGACCUGAUGUUGCAAUAGGACCAGGAUGCAUUGUCGAGUCAGGAGUUAGACUCUCUCGUUGCUCUGUGAUGCGUGGAGUUUACAUCAAGAAGCACGCUUGCAUAUCUAGCAGUAUCAUCGGGUGGCACUCCACCGUCGGGAGAUGGGCCCGUGUAGAGAACAUGACAAUCCUUGGAGAAGAUGUCCAAGUGUGUGACGAAAUUUACAGCAAUGGAGGUGUGGUUUUACCCCACAAAGAGAUCAAAUCGAGCAUCUUGAAGCCAGAGAUUGUAAUGUGAGGGACUGGGUUUGGGAUUUGCAGACUACGUUUAAAGCCCUUGGGAGGGCUACAAGUUAUUGCGUUCGGAAAUGUUUUCCGAGUUCGAGUUCGAAUUAGAUUGCUGAAAGAGGAGGUCUGUCAUAGAUGUGAAAAUGGUGUGAAAGUGCAACUUUGUGGUGUAGAUAAAAUAAGUUUUCAUGUAACCAAAACGUUGUAAAAUUGAAAUCUUAAGUUUCACAGAAUCCAGUGUAAUUUAUCAACAAUGGAACUCUUUGUUUUGUCAA